AUGUCUAUAUUAAGAAAUAUUUUGCCAUCUUGUGAAUAUAAACAAGAGUUUAACAACGACAGAGAAGUUAUUGAAGAUAUUAUAAAACCAAUUAUCAUGACCGCAACCUUUUUCGGACUCUUACCAAUUAGUAUAAACUUUUCGAAGAUAAAACAAAUUUAUGUACCCGUUCCGAAAUCUAUAUAUCUAAACAGUUUCCGUUGCGUCACAUUUAUUUUACUUAAUAUUGUAUUCUUGAUUUUUCAUAUCUAUCUUUUGUACGCAUCAGCUGAGAGUUCUAACUUCGCCAAUCUUCCAAAACGUAUUAAUUAUAUAUUUGAAAACUUAAAUUUUCUCAUUGUAUGCGUUACAGCGUAUGUAAGUGGUUUUUUGAAUCGUUAUAUAUAUUUAGAAAUAUUAAAUAAAAUAAUUUGCGCCUGGACGAAGAUGCCACCAUCUGACAACGGCCAAAAAAUACUGAAAAAAAUUGCUGUGCAAUGCUAUAUAAUACUUCUGGGUAUAAUGUUAGUACUGUUAUUCCUGAUAUAUUUCAACAGCAAUCAAGUAAACAUACAGUGGAAGCUUGUGCUUGGAAUGUCUUUGAACAUGCCGCAAACAAUUCAACUUGUUUACCACGGGUUUUACACAGUAUUAGUAAUAUUGUUGGCCGCAGUUCUCUGCAGAAUAACAGAACAUUUUAAAUCGCCUACUCAGUCGGCAUCAAUCAUUGAAGUGAGACCAAAACAAAGGCAUCUGUCGCUUGUGGAAAUGAAAUCGCUUUACAUAGAGGUCUAUGAAAUAAAAUUGAUUAUCGAACAGGCAUUUAAGGCGCCAUUGACUUAUUCCCUUUUGCAAUCUUUCCAUUCUCUGAUUGCCGAGUCGUAUUUCAUUUUUUACGGAAUACUUUAUUCGAAAGAUAUUCCAACAUAUAUAAUAUAUGCAUGCGCUGAAUGGAUUUUAUGCCAAGUAAUCAAAGUGUACUCCUUAUCUUAUUCGGGAAAUUUGUUGAAAAAUGCGGUAAGGAUACAUUCACGCCCUUAUUUAUUAAACUAA